ACAUGCCUCACGAUAUUCAAUUAAGUGACUUCGAAAAAGGACAAAUUAUUGGAAUGCAUGAGCUUGAAGCUACAAUGACGUUUAUUGCUGCAGCGCUAAAUAUGCAUGAAUUAUUGUUAUGUUUUAUGUUUUUGUGUAACCGUGUUAAACUUCGUGAGCCGACUGUACC